GCCAGCUGAUAUAUUUCCAACAGUACAAGUUGUAUGGAUGGGCUUUUCUAGAUAUCCUCUGCUUUUACAGUAAUUGACUAGAUGGGAAUGGGUUCUCCUUGGCCAGACUUUCUUUAGAGCCAAGUCUCUGGGGAUUUCCCCUCAUCUACUUCCCCUAAUUUUCUGUGUGUCAGCUCAUUGCUCCAACAAGAAAUGUGCAAGGUCAACAGUCGGUGUGGAGCCAUUCACCGGGCGAUUAUAAAUUGGUGGCACUUAAACAGAACACGGACAAGCUGAAUGAUUUUGACGUGUUCCCUGGCGGGGUAGCAAAAGAGAGCAUCAUUCCAAGACAAAGUCAUCUAGCCUAUCCACACACACUGCUGGAGUCCUCAAUUUUGACUAGAUCCCCCUGAUAACCACUGAAGAUUCCCUCAAAGAAACAGCUCUCAAGUAGACGUGCUCUGCUGAUGUCUGUACAAACUUAUACACAAAGUUUCAGUCGCUACUUCGCUUCAGUCGUUGGCAAUCCAGCCUAUGGCUUUUCUCUUCCGUUUAAUACAGAAGUGCAGGUUGUUCAUGGUGCUUGCACUCAUGGCUGCAGUUGUCACGCUCUUCCCAAACAAUUUCAGGCCAAUAAUCAAGCCAGCAACAAGUCCCAGCGACGAUCCCGUGGUUGUGCUGGUAUGGAACUGGCCGUUCCUGAACAACUCCAUCACGGAAGUAAAUGUUUGCCGGGAUUUGUACGCUAUUGAGAACUGCAUCCUUACGUGCAACAAGUCGAUGUUUGACCGUGCAAAUGUUGUGGCAUUCCACCACAGGGAGCUCCAAAACAACAUCUCCAAUCUACCACGUGAGAAGAGGCCUCGCAACCAAAAGUGGCUCUGGGUCUCUCUGGAAUCUCCAUCCAACACAAAAGGGAUCCAUCAUCUAAAUGGUCUCUUCAACUGGACUAUGACCUACAAGAGGGAUUCUGACAUCUUCAUCCCUUAUGGACAUCUGAUGAAAAGAAGCCGACACACUGAUGUUUCUAUUCCUGAGAAAUCUUUUCUCGCCACGUGGGUUAUUAGCAACUACCACAGAAAAAGUUGGAGGGCAAAAGUGCAUUUGAAUCUAUCCAAGUACAUGCAAAUCAACAUCUAUGGAAAGUCAGUCAAAAAAUAUCUGCCCAAGACACUUCUAUUGCCAACAAUAUCAAAAUAUGCCUUUUACCUUGCUUUUGAAAAUUCCAUACACAAGGAUUACAUCACAGAGAAACUCUGGAGAAAUUCUUUCAUGGCUGGGUCCGUUCCCGUGGUUCUUGGUCCUCCACGAGCCAACUACGAGAAGUUUAUUCCUCCAGACUCCUUCAUUCAUGUGAAUGAUUUUCCCUCUGAAGAGAAGUUGGCCAGCUUCCUAAAGGAACUCUGGCAAAACAGGACUCGCUAUGAGAAGUACUUCAACUGGAGAAGACAUUACACGAUGCUGCCUGCCCUUCUGAGUUCCUCCCGCAUCUGCAGAAUCUCUUGUGUUUAUGCUCACAAAGAAAAUGCAUGUUUUCCACAGCUAUGUGCAAAGUGUUGCAUCUUGCAAAGUCAAACCAGGGAAACUGACCCAUCACGACCCCCGACACCGCCACCACCAAGGAACCCGCCCGCCCCGACACCGCCGCCACAAAGGAACCCGCCCGCCCCGACACCGCCGCCACAAAGGAACCCGCCCGCCCCGACACCGCCGCCACCAAGGAACCCGCCCGCCCCGACACCGCCGCCACAAAGGAACCCGCCCGCCCCGACACCACCACCACCACAAAGGAACCCACCCACCCCAAUACCGCCACCACCAAGGAACCCGCCCACCCCAACACUACUAUAA